GUGGCGCUCGGAAGCGACCCGUGGCGGAGACAUCCGAGUGGCGCGCAACUGUUUUCGUAAAUCUGAGCCGUCAAAAUGCGGGACGAUGUUGAGUUUAAUGAAAUGUUUUGUGAACUAAUAGAAACAUAUCCUCAACUGUACGAUUACACUCGACCAGAUUAUAGCAAUCGCAGUGUACAAGAUAAGGCGUGGCGGAAGAUUGCUGCAACACUAAACGAAACAGUGAUCAACUGUAAGGAGAGAUGGAAAAAUAUAAGGGGACGAUACAGCAAGUAUAGAAAAAUAGUUCGCUCACCUGAUUCUGGAGCUAAACAAGUCGCAGAAUACUACCUAGCAUCACGCCUUCAAUUCUUGGACAAAUUUUUAAAAACAAGACCUCCGAAGGGCAACCUUGUCCUCGAAAACACUAAAGUUGAAGAAGUAGACGACAGUGUUUCAGGUGAAGCAGAGCAUCGUGACCUAUUGCGCGAAGACUCCUGUUCUUCCUCAUCGGAACCAUCUCCUCCUCUACGACAAGGUAUAUCACAUGUGUCGCCUACACCACCUGCAGUUGCUAAAUGCGAAGAUAACAGGAAGAGAAAAGCAGGCACUGACAUGCAAGAUGCGAAUGAAAGUGCUUUUAAGUAUUACGUGGAAACGCAAAAUUUGCUAGAACAUAAGCUGGCGAAAGUAGGUGAACUUGACGCAGACAUGGCUUUUCUCCAAAGUUUGCUUCCGGAUAUGAAGGCAAUGACAGCUCAGCAAAAACGGAAGUUCAAAAUUGGUGUUUUAAAGUUGUGUGACGAGCUCCUGGAGCAGCAUCCUCAGGUCCCUCAACCUCCUUUACCCUCACACAAGUGACAUGUGUGUUAACAGCUGCCAAACGGUUCUUCCGACCGCUGCUCAAGGCGUUUGAGGCACCACAGGAUUAGCCAGAACUAAUUGAGUGAAUUACAAAGCAUCAGUCUUAGCUGAAUGCUUGAAACAGUUUCAUGCGAUAGAAAUAUUUCAUAUAGAAAACAGUUAGUUUCAGUAUAUUACUGAAAUGUG